UUAGGAAAUGAUUAUUUACAGGCCCUGAGGAUUUUUCUAGACAAAUUGGAAGUUAUCCACAACAGGCAAGCAGCUUUUUCUUCAUACUUGGCUCUGAGGCAGGUGUACCAGGAAAUUGUGAUCAUCAAACAUUGCGUCAAUUGGCAACAGGUCCUGUACCAUCAAUAACAAAUUGUAAUCCACAUGACAUGAGCAAACAAUCUCCCUUGUCGUCACCAGCUACACCGACGUCGGGAUUAUAUCCUUCUGCUCAAGCACCAGGUCCUCAAUCUGGAUUAUCAGGACCAAAUCCUAAUCCAGGAACAUUACAGCAACCUCAAGGGCAGCAUAUGCCAGCUAGACCAUUGGGAAAUAUGAUGUAUUAUAAUCCACGUCCAAAUACACCUCGUGCAACUCACCCUAUGGCCUUGCCAAGUGCUUUAAAUGUUGGAUCAGCAAAUGCUUCACCUGGAACUUCUCAAUUUGCUGGUCAAGUACCAGGAAUAAUAUGUGCACCUCCUCCAAUACCAUUUGCUACUUCAUUGCCACCGCAACCACAUUUGUUUGUUGGUUCUGCAGCUGCAGCAGUUCCUGUUUCUGUAAGUUAAUAAAUAUCAUUUGUUUACUAUUAAAAAUAAAAUUAUAAUGUGUUGAAUUAAACAGCUGAAUUAAUAUUAUUCAUAUUUAAUAUUAUUUUAUUCUUUUGGUUACAGAUAUUUGUCAAUUUAGAUUUUUUUAAAUUUAAAUUUGCUUAUUCUAAAAGUUAAUAAUUUACUUGUGAACAUUAUGCUAAUUCAUAAUUAGAAAUGAGUUGGAUGGUGAUAUGAGGUAGCUAGGUGACUUUCCUCCAGCAGUAUUACUUGUUGAUUGUUAUGUAUAAAUUUCAUUACAUAUAUAUAUUCAUACAUAUCAUUCAAGUUUUGGAAUUGUGUCAAAUUUGACCCUUUUGGUUUUUUGGAAAUUUUGAUGUUUUGAGACUCCUGAACCCAAAAAUGUAAGGAAAAAAAUGGGGAAAAGAAUUUCACGUGUCUGUUGGUGUCUAUUUCAUUUAAUAUCUCAGGAUGGAGUAAUGAUUCAGAAACAAAAUUUGACAUGGUAACUUGUAUAUAAGGGACAUUGAUGCUAUUAAAUUUUGCUGCUUAAAGAUUGAGGGGUGGGAAGAUAGAGGCAGGUCAUGUAUAUAUAUCUAGAGAGGAAUCAGACUUAAUGAAACUUUUAAUUGUUAUUAGCAUUUACAUUUUAUUUACAAAAUGCAUCACUACCCUCAAAAUUAAGCUUUUUGCCAGUUUUUUUAAAUAAUUAAUAAUAUAAAA